AUGGGUGUCCACAUCUUUGGAAAGUCUAUCAAGCACAACGCCUUGGUCAGAAUCGGCUUGGCGAAAAGAAUCUUUGGUGUCGGAUACACGACUGCCCAGCAGAUUUGCGCAAAAGUGGGCAUCUACCCAAGAAUGAGAAUGAACCAGUUGACCGAACCUCAAAUCAUGGCCAUCAACAAGGAGUUGUCAGACUUGACCAUCGAAGGCCACUUGAAACAGAGAAUAUUGGAAAACAUCCAACAAAAGAAGGAAAUCGGUUCUUACGCUGGUAACAGACAUGCGGCCGGUUUGCCUGUCCGUGGCCAAAGAACUAGAAACAAUGCUUCGACAGCCAAGAGAUUGAACAGACUCGACAGAAAGUUGUAA